AUGGAUGACCAUAGAUCCGAGUCUGGUAGCCGCGCCGAGCAGCGGGAUGGUUGUGGCAACGACACCCCGGGCGCAGCCGCCGUCGGAGAUGAUUUCGACCUGGACGGGUCAUCCUCCAGCGCUGUGCCCGGAGAUCCACCCACGCCAACAUCACGCAUCUCCUUGAAGCAUGCAGUCAGUGUAAUUCAGACUUUUGAUGACUACAAGAAGUGGUUAGUAGAGCAGAUUAGGUUUGGAGGUAUGCUGAAGCUGCCAGCACUACAGAAGCUGAGUCUGAAGACGAGCGCGUGGAUUAUGAGCAGAGUCAGCGUCAGCCGCAGGGAGAUUAAAUUGAGGGACAACAAGGUUCUUAAGUUUUACCCACAGGAUUUCUACAAGGUUUUUGGGAUCCCAUGCGGCCACCGUAGUGUCAAGGGGAGGGAUGCAAACAUCAAUCCUGAGGCUGUUCAUUUUAUAAAGACAACACUUCAGAUGAACAAAACUGGAGUACACAGCUUGAGGGCAGCUGAAUAUUUUCUGAUGCGUGACAUCAAUGAGAAUUCAAGCAAACUAGAGAAAGAUUGUUUCCAGAUCGCAUUUGUGAUAUUUGUUAUGGGUCAUGUGCUAGUUCCAACCACGAAGCACAACUACACGACCAUUGACUUUUGGGGAGCCAUAGCAAACAUUGAAUCAAUCGAUCAAUUUAACUGGUGUGAGUAUGUCCUUCAGCACCUUCUCGAUGCAGUGAAGAAGCUUAAGAGAGACAUGAUGGCCAACAAUCUAUCGACCAACCUAACUGGUUGUCAUCUUUUUUUCAGGCAAGUCUUUUUGCUUGACAACCUCGACCUUGGCAUUUUCAAUAAGUCGCACAGUGUGCUCCCCAGGAUAUCAGAAUUUCAUCCCGAGUCCUUCCGUCGAAUGCUUGCCAUGGCUGCUGACCCGGUUAAAGGAACUACCUCCUACGCGCAUGCCAAUCUGAGAGACGCUUCGACAGUAUGCUACACGCGCCACAAGUUUCCGCCAUCAGCUCCGCCGUUUGCAACCACCAACAAGCUUACUAGGCGUUCCGGCAUGCCGAUGGCAGGACACCCCCCAAACACAACUCCUGUAAUGCAUGGGCAAACAGAGGUUUUAACACCUACCGGCCCCGCUCCCGGGCCACUUCAUUUUGCAAAGUAUCUACGGGACAAGUAUCCUCAUCUAGUAUGUGCUUCCUUUUUAAGUGUUUUAUGCAUUAAUUUUCAACAUCAGUUACCACUGAUGGUAAAUCCCCAGGUCCUCACCAUUCAAUCUAUCGCAGCCCUCCCUGCCACCUCCAAGUCUGUACGCUUUAGGACGCCUGUAGACGGAAAAAUACAGGGACAAAGGCUUGAGCUAUCUGAUUGCGAAGCUACGUCGCCUCUGCCACCAGCCGGUAUGCGCAAGCGCGCCAUGGAUGCGCAGGAUUCUACAUCAAAUAGCAAGAAAUCCUCCUCGCGAGCAUCUUCCAAUGCGCUCAAUUACUUCAAGUCCACUUUAAUGUCCAUCGCUCAAAUGUACGCAGACCUUCCAGUCAACACUCCAUUUACUGUCUUUGGACAGUGCUGCACCAAUCUACACAAGCGGAAAUACAUAUUCCAGCAUGGAUUUGCAACUGAUCCAUGGGUGAAUGGUGUUGUGCCACAUCCGCCACACAUGCCAACAACCGACCUUAUUGUUGCCCACUUCACACAGCUGCCAACGCAAGACCUACAGAGUCCACGACUGAUCUGCGUUACCGGUAUGGCGUUGCGCGAGCAGCUUGUCGGGAUGCAGCACCUUCACCACGAGCUUGUUUCUAUAAUCAUGAGGAGCUAUUCCUCCAAGUUUAUCGUUCAACCCCUGACCUCUUAUGCAUUCACCCUUUUCCAGACCAUUGUCCUUGCGGACCAUGAAUAUUUGACGAACAUCUCGAUCCAGAAGCAGCUGGUUGGCAACGAGAUCCCAUAUGACAUAACCUCUUGCCAGAUGUUCUUCUUGCCAAUACCAUCAGAGGAUGGAUGGAUAAUACUGAUGUGGGACAUGUUGUCAAGGAAGCUCCACGUGCUUGACCCUCUUACCAGAGGAGGAGGUCCGAGCGACGCAACAAAAGACAAGCAUGAACUCAUAGCUUGGAAGCUUCAUCACGCUCUUUUCCAAUGCUUGAACGAGUACUACGCUGGCUGGCCCACGCAAGACGGCCAGUGGGCGACCAAAUACCCCGUUGUAGCUGAGGACAAUUUCGAUACACAAGAAACUGGCGCGUGCGUGCUCCACAUCGCCCGACACUACGACGGCCAGAAGCUGAAGAUCCCUCUAACCAAGUACAAUGUCGGCAAAACGAAAAGGCAGGCCCUGCAUGAGUGUGUCAAACUUCAGGGCAAUUCUUCAAAGUUGGCGCAUGAGGCUCUGUGGACGGUACUAGCACCCACCGACUCUUGGCUUGGGUCAAACCAGUCCGGUUAG